UCCAUCGCGCUUAAGCUCCCUCCUCAUCGGCCUUUCCCUCGCCACUAAAUAUUUCCUCUUCUUCAUUGUCCAGCCAUCCAUCCCCAGCUUCUUCUUCUUCUCCGAUCCGCCAUUGCAUCGAUACCAGAGCUCGAGCGCAGAAGCUUUUGCGCUUUGCACACGUCGCUUUAGUUUCCCGCCAUUGUUGUUCUUGCCUUGGCUUGCCGGGCUCGAGGAACCAAGUCGCCUUUACAGCUCCAAAGCGCGCCAAUUAGGAGCUAGGCAGCAUGCUGGGAGCGAACCUGAAGGCGAGGAAAAGCGCCGCGGUCGUGGAGCUAGGAUCGCUGUCGAUGAAGAAGAAUAACCACCCUCCUCCGGUACCGCCGCCAGCGGCGGGGAAGGCGGCGGUGUUGCCGGCGGUGGGGAAGGUGGCGGCGGAGGAGGUGUGGGAGGUCCGGCCCGGCGGCAUGCUGGUGCAGAAGAGGGUUGCCGGCGACGACGAGGCUGUGCUGGAGGACGUGAAGCCGGUGCGGACCAUCCGGGUCAAGGCGAAGCGCAGCGGCGUGACCCACGAGAUCUACAUCAGCCAGGAGGCGACGUUCGGCGAGCUGAGGAAGCUGGUGGCGGAGCGCGCCGGGGCGCACCCGGAGGACCAUAAGGUGCUGUACAAGGGCAAGGAGCAGGACCCCAAGGCGUUCCUCGACAUGGCCGGCGUCAAGGACCGCUCCAAGAUCGCCGUCGUCGACGACCCCGAGGCCCGCGCUCGGCGCCUCAUCGAGGAGCGCCGCCAGGGACACCUCCAGAAGGCCGGCAAGGCCGUCGCGGCCGUCGCCGCCGAGGUCGACAAGAUCGCGCCCAAGGUGUCGGUGCUGGAGGCGUCGGUGCGGAAGGGGGAGAAAGUGGCGGAGAAGGACGUAGCGACGGUGACGGAGAUGCUCAUGAAUGAGCUGCUCAAGCUCGACGCGGUGGACGCCGGCGGCGACGUGAAGGCGCAGAGGCGGGUCCAGGUGAAGCGGGUGCAGAAGUACGUGGAGACGCUCGACGCCGUGAUGGCCAAGAACGCCACCAUCCAGCGCAAGUCCGGCGCGAAGAAGCAGGUAGAGCAGCCGGCACCACCGGCAAGGCAGCAGCAGCAGCUACCGCAGUCGCAGCGCCACCGCCAGCACCCGCAGCCGCAGCUGCCGCAGCAGCAGCAGGCGCAAACGACGCGGUGGGAGAUGUUUGACCUGCUGUCGUCGCUGCCGACCACGUCGCCGGCCUCCUCAACCACCACCAGCAGCUCAAGCGCGUCGUCCGUCGGCCCGCCGCCGCCCACGAACAAGCUCGACUGGAUGCUCUGAGGAUCGACCACCACCGCAAUCCAAAGCAAAUGCAACAGAGGCUUGUGUGCCAAGAAUUGCACCCAUGUCUCGGCAGAACCCAAGCGGCUCGAUGAUCAAAUUGGGUCAAGCCAAGUAUACUCCAUGUGCUUAGUCCGGUUGGCCACACAUUACCGCCAGUUCAGUCCUAGUUCACCAUGUCAGAGAUGUGAAAGUAUUUUUCAUCUUCUUUUUUCCAUUCUUCUUCCUCGCCGUCAGCAAAUGUUUGAUAUAAAUUCUUUUGUGUGCAUACUGUGAGAAAGAAAGAGCUAGAAAGAGAGUCAGUCAGGUCAGGUUGAUCAAUUAGGGAUCAAUCAAGCAACAAGUGUAUUCGGUUUGGAGGAAUAAGUCGAAAUUCAGAGUUGUGUCCA